AUGUUUCCUGUUAUAGCUGUGUCCAUGGAUAAAAAAGUCAUCCCUCCACCGUCAUCCUCACAAGAAAAGGCACGCCAAUAUUCAACGGAUAGAGCCUCCAUUAUUAAUAAUAGGCGACGCAGUAUAUAUAAACAACUCUCAUCGGAUAAAAAAGAAGCACUUCUUCUUCACCGACGGACAAGAUAUCAACAAUUGAGGAACAAAAAUCUCCUUGGUGGUUCUCCCACUCCACUACCUACUGUUCAGCUUCAAUUCACUGGACAAAAAGGUCUUCCUAUUACAGAUAUACCGCCUCACCCUGAAACAGGCGACACCUCUCGCGUUGAUACUUCUGCAGUUGUAUCGGGUAAAGCAAAAGAUAUGAUUGGUUGCCUAUCCAUCUUUGAAGUAGGCUCGACGUCAGCUGCACCUGUUAAACAGCACAGCCCAAUUGCAAUCACUGUGACUACCAAAGGUUCUGCAUCACUUGCCCAUCAACAAUAUGAUCCAAAGGCAAUCACUGACAAAAACAACGGAAGACUUUUCCAACAAUACUCAAUUGAUGAGUUCAUAAAAAUUGAAACUCAAAGGCUAGAUUUUGUCUCGUGUAAUCAGGAUUUAUUUCGGACUGAUCCAUUACAAGGGCUUAUUGAUUUUCAUAGACAUGGUGACAGAGAUGCUUCAAAAGUAGGGAAACAAACAUUUCUUCCUGUAAGCUUUACAGGAGGUCCUAGAGAUAUGCGUCAACGUUAUAUGGAUGCUAUUACGUUAGUUCAACAUUUUGGAAAACCUGAUAUAUUUCUUACUAUGACUUGUAAUCCUUCUUGGCCAGAAAUAGAAGAAUAUUUACUGUCAACGGAUGAAGCUCAAAAUAGACCUGAUUUGAUUUGCCGAGUAUUCAAAGCAAAAGUUGAAGAGCUAAAAACAGAUAUAUUAAAAAAAAACAUAUUUGGAAAAGUUGUUGCAUUUAUGUACACUAUUGAGUUUCAAAAACGAGGCCUUCCACAUGCUCAUUUUCUUCUAAUUCUUAAUGAUGAUUUCAAAUUAAUUACUCCCGAAUCAUAUGAUCAAGUUGUUUCUGCUGAGCUUCCUGAUAUAAAUGAAAGUCCUUACUUACAUAAACUUGUUAAAAAACAUAUGAUGCAUGGUCCUUGUGGUUAUUUAAAUCCUACAAAUUCAUGUAUGAAGAAAAAAGGAAUUUGCAAAUUCAGGUACCGAAAGAAUUUUGCUGACAAAACAACAAAAGGAAAAAACUCAUAUGCAGUCUAUAGAAGAAGAAAUACAGGCGAGCAUGUCGAGGUUAGAAAACAACUUCUUGACAAUUCAUGGGUAGUACCUUUUAACCCCUACCUACUAUGCAAAUUUAAUUGUCAUAUCAAUGUCGAAGUAUGUUCUGAUAUAAAGGUUGUCAAGUAUAUCUAUAAAUAUAUUUGUAAAGGACACGAUAAAAUAUCCUUUUCUAUACGGGAGGAUGAUACAAAUGUUGAAAUAGAUGAAAUAAAAGAAUAUCAAUCUGCUAGAUGGGUAUCUGCACCAGAAGCUGUAUGGCGUUUAUUUGCUUUCCCCAUUAGCGAAAUGAGUCCAUCUGUUUAUCAUCUUCAACUGCACCUCGAAAACCAACAAUUUGUUUCUUUUAAAACAGCUGAUAACAUAGACAAAAUCAUGAAUAACCCCAUGAUUAGGAAAACAAUGUUAACAGAAUAUUUCCUAAUGAAUAGAACAAACGAAUAUGCUAAACAACUCAAUUUAUUAUAUAAAGAAUUUCCACAAUAUUUUGUGUGGUCAAAAUCAUACAAAAUUUGGACACGAAGACAACGAGGUCAUGUUAUUGGUCGUCUUGUCACAUGUCAUCCAACAGAAGGAGAGAGAUAUUAUCUUAGACUUCUACUAAUGAAUGUAAGAUCCCCUGAGUCAUACCAAGAUCUUCGAAAAAUAGAUGGAAAAUACUACGACACAUUUAGAGAAUCUGCAGAAAAAAGAGGAUUGUUACAUCAUAAUAACAACUUGGUUGAUUGCAUGACAGAGGCUGUAUGUUAUCAAAUGCCUUAUAGCUUGCGACAUCUAUUUGCUACAAUAUUAGUAUAUUGCAAUCCUGAUAAUCCAAAAGAACUAUGGGAACAAUUUGAAGAGUCAAUGUCUGAAGACUUCAAUAAAUUACCAAACAUGGAUCCAAAAAAAAAAAGACAUUCAGUUUUGAACCAUAUUAAUGAUGUAUUACAUACCAUGGGACAUGAUGUAAAUGAGUAUAGAUUGAUUUCUGAAAAUGUUGUGAGUUCAAGGGUAGAGUCAGAGGCAAAAGAUGUUAAUUUUGAAAGGAAUAUAGUUGUUACUAAAGAAGAUCUGCUAUUAUAUAAAAAACUGAAUACCGAACAAAAAAAAGCAUAUGAUAUUAUCCUUCAAAGAGUACUUACUAACGAAUCAGGUGCUUUUUUCAUUGAUGGUCCGGGAGGAAGUGGUAAAACAUUUUUGUAUCGUGCUUUAUUGGCCACGGUAAGAUCUAAAGGUUUCAUAGCUUUGGCGACAACAACUUCUGGUGUUGCGGCAUCUAUACUUCCUGGAGGACGAACAGCCCAUUCACGUUUCAAAAUUCCAAUUAAUAUUGACGAGCAGUUCUCCUGUAACAUCAGUAAGCAAAGCUCUCUCGCAUUUAAUUCGUGA